CUGUGAGCUCCCCUAAACCUGUGGGCCACGCAUCCAGUUAUGCACAAACUAUAUUACACACGCCCAUGACCCGUUGGCACUGCCAACAUGCUACGUGUACCAGUAGUACAACCCAAAUCAUCCUCGCAUUACACAGUGAACCCCCUUCUCCGACCGACUUCUUGCAGUCAUCCUCCUCUGGAGGUCUCACAAAGCCAUAUCGCCAACCUUCAGCAUCACGCGGGACUCCAUUAAUGAACGCCCGUGCACUCUCAGGACCCGCCGUCCCCACAAAAUCGCGCCUUGAAAAACGUUCGAGACCAUCAAACCCACUUCCAAACACCGACAUCAAUCAAACUCCCCGCGCCCGCCCAGUGCGAACACCGACGCCGCCUCCACAAAAGGUAUGUCUGCCCGCCAGCCUCGUACGACCCCAAGAAGCAACCCACUCACUCACCCUCCACCAGCCAACAAUUGCUAUUCUCCCCCCACCCCUCCCCAAAUCCAUCCACACAUUGAACGCCCAUCCACCCGCCAUAUUCUCAGGCAACUUCGACCUCUAUGGCAUGUACCUCCUCUUCCUCGUCUAAGCCUACGCCGCAGUCUACGACACAAUCCUCGCUUACCAGUCCAAGCAUGACUACACCGCGCCCUUUUGAUGUGCUGCUUUGCAAUUUGAAACGUCGCGCGGAACUCACUUUCACCUCGAGUAAGCGCAAUUCCUUCCUCGCCCCUGACCAUAGCCCUGUGUCGCCGGGUAUCAUCGGACAAGCAGCCUCAAUGCGAAGGGGA